AUGCAUAUUUUAUUAAAUAUGUGUUUUCAUAAUGAUAUAUGUAGAAAAACAAAAUGUAAAAAACAAUUGUGUAAUAUCUUUUUUUUUUUUACACCAUUUUUAUAUAUUAUAACAUUGAAUGUAGAUGAUAUAGAUAAGAAAAAAAAUAUAUUUAAAGAUUAUAUUUAUUCUAUACUUUUAUUAAUUUUAUUAUGGAGAAAUAAUUAUUCCUACAGUGAUAACUUUUAUGUGAAGAAAAGUAUAAAAAACAUUACAAGAGAAAAAAAAUAUAUGUAUCAAAGAAUAAUUGUUGAAAGAGAAGAUGUUAUAUGGAAACAAGAUUUCAAAAUAACCUUAAACGAAAAAAGUUAUGAGAGAUUAAAUUUACCUACUGAAAAGCAAAUACCAUAUUCUACAUGUUCAGAAGAAAUCGAAAAAGUUCAUAAUUUAACUACAAGGGUAACAGAAAUAUGGAAACUAUUAUUAGAACAAAUGGAAGUUAAAUAUUUGAUUAAAACAGAUAAUAUGAAUCAUAAAUGGAGAGAUUUUAUGUGGGAAAGUAAAUGGGCACUUUAUUUAGAAAACGUUUAUAAAUUUAUUAAUGAUAAAUUAAAUGAACCACAUGUAUCUAUAGUUGAAAAGGAAACUUUUAUUCAGAAAUGGUUUAUUAAUACUUCUCAUGAUUAUAAUUAUUUUUUAAAUUUUGUUUUUGAAAGAUGGAAACAUAAAGUAAAAAGUGUGUGUGAACAAUAUGAAGGUAAAAAAUAUCCUUCAGAAGAUAAUUUCUUCAAAAAAAGAAUUCUCAAAUUUUUCAAAAGGAAAUAA